AUGCAGCGAGUACAUUGUUUUUUUUUCUUGCAGGGCCACUGCUCGUGCAAAGCAGGGAACUCUGUUCGAUGCAAGCACAUGAUUGCAAUGCUACUUUUUACAAACAGAACCGGCAUCCAGAACCUGGACCUGCUCACUUCCACCGAUGUGAAGCAAGCAUGGGGCAAACUAAAAGGGAAGAACAUUUACAAGGCCAGAAAAAUCAAGGACUUGUGUCAUGUGCAGUCUUCAUCAAGGAUCCGGUUGGACACGCAGAAACUCGAUGCAAUCCGACAGCAGCUUAUUGCUGCUGCGCCACAAAGCGCCCUAGCAAGGCAUGUGGAGGGCCGCUGCCUUGAAAGUGCAAGCAUUCAAGAAAGUGCUGUGAACCUAUGCUGUGAAAACACAGGCUGUGAACCGGACCUGAUACUGCAGCACAUCCUUGCCAGCCGACACGCGCAGAAGUUCAAGGAACUGCAGUUCCACGAAGUUGCGUUUACAGACUGGAACAGGUUAAAAAUUUGCAGAGCUCUUAUGAAGCAUUUGAGCUGUGAUCUCUCAAAGUUUUACGAGGACAUGGUGGCUGUGAACUCGGCACAGGCAGCUAGAAUUUGUGCUCAGACAGUUGAGCAAAACAGUACGCAGUGGCAAAGGGAGCGCAUGCUCCGAAUUACUGGUAGCAAGUGUCAUACGUUGUACAGAUUUGUGCCAUCACUAGCACGCAGCUGGCAAGACAAAAUUGUGAAACUGCUCACGCAGAACUUUGCAGGAAACGACGCCACGAGAUAUGGCAAGGCUUGCGAGAAGCCAGCUCUCGAAGAAUAUGCAUUGAACACUGGUGAUGCAGUGUCGACAUAUGUUUAUUUUGAACAUUACUUGCCAGAGCUUGUCAAGUAUGUCAGACAGGAGACUGCAUGA